AUGAGGAGGACGAAACAGAAGCAUAUAUCUGUGACCCAGGAUAUCUGGGAUGCUUGGAACCCGUUCUGGGACUCAGAGAAAGAGAGGAAGAUGUCAGAAACCGCCCGAGCAAAUCGGAUGAGCGAGCCAGCGGGCGCCGGUUCUGGACCUGUCCGCCAUACUGGUGGAUCUCGCUAUGCUCUCAAGCAUAUGGAUGUGAUAGAAAUGGAGCUUGGCCGUAAACCGAGUGCGACGGAGCUGUACACUCGCCUUCACUCCACGAAGGCUGACAAGAAGCCGGUCGACAAGCGGGCUCAGGAUAUGACUGUCACCAUCACUGAGAGGCUUGCUGCUGCGACACAGCCUCAGACCGAAGAGGGUAGCUCCUCGAGCCCAGCGGCAGUGGACGAGACCCACAUGUUUUUAGACAUCGAGGGCAUCAACAAGAAGAAAUGUGUGUACGGCUUGGGUUCUGCAAGCAGCAGGUACGUCGGGACAAGCAGCAGGGUGCAGCGAGGCAGCUCCUCUAGGUCGUCGCAGCAGGAGCAGCAGGCAACAACCAUGGUCCAGCUGAUACGCGAGGAGAUUGCCAGGAUGAUUCCUAACCUUCUGGCAAAGUUUCGGCCACAGCCCCACCCUACCCCACCAGACGAUGACGACACUAUAACUUUGCUUAAAACAACUGGGGAAAACAGAAAAAAUGGUGGAAAACGGCAGUAA